UUCAGGAGCUCACAGCUGUUGAAGUGAAAGAACCGGUCCCUCUCGGAGCUGGAGAGGAGGAAAUGAGCAGGAGAUUGAAGUGUAAUGGGAGUCAACCUGUGCCGAGCUGAGCUGGAGUCCGCGCGUCCUGGCGCAGACCUCGCGUCGCCCUACUGACUAACUCCGGGAGGAGCCGCCACAACGCUGCAUCGAUGCUGGAAUGUCUCGCGGCUCUGUGCGUUGUGACCCUAGUGGUCGUGAUCUGGCCCGGAGCCAAACUUUUUAUCGCGCGGAAAGGACUGAACGCGACCGGUGAGAAGUCGCGCAGCGUGGAUCUGAUCUGCAAACCGUCGGCUCUGGCCAACUACCUGCUCCGACACUGCGGGAGCUUCUCCCACUUCCAGCCGUGUGUCGGCUGGCGGUGGAGGUCCAGCGCGGUCCUCCAGAGCCUCUACGAGGCGUGGUGGCCCCACCACAGCCCGGUCCAGUUCGUCAGGGACCACCUGCAGCUGAGCGACGAUGGGCUGGUGGCUCUGGACUGGGCAGUGCCGGCGCACCAGAGGCGACGCCGAACCUCCAGUCACUCCACCAGCCCGGUGCUGCUCAUCAUCCCAAACUCUUAUGGCAAGAUCACCCGCAACGUGCAAGAGUUGUGCGACGCGGCGCUAGCUAAUGGCUACCUCCCUGCCGUCUUCAACCGGCGCAGUCACAACGGCACCCCACUUACCACCGUCAAACUGCAACAGUUCGGAGACCCCUCGGAUCUACGAGAGGCUGUGCGCUACAUCCGCUAUCGGCAGCCUGCAGGGAAGCUCUACGCGGUGAGCGAGAGCACGGGGUCGGGGCUGCUGCUGUCCUACCUCGGGGAGUGUGGAUCCUCGAGCGACGUGACGGCGGCUGUCUGCCUGUCGCCGGUGUUCCGCUGCCAGAGCUGGUUCGAGGGCGGACUCUGCUGGCCUCUGCAGUGGGUGGUGCUGCUGUACCAGAAGACGUGUCUCAGCAGGUACCGGACCGUCCUGGGAGAGACCAUCCCUGCGGAGAGGCUGUUCAGCAGCUGUUCCAUGCGCAGCCUGGAGGAGGCGCUCUUUUGUCACAGCUGUCCUUCCUCCACCUGGGAGUCCUACUGGGAGCGUAAUGAACCUCUGAGAGACGUCGAUGAAGUGGCUAUUCCGGUCCUGAACAUCUGCGCUCAGGACGACCCGAUCCGAGGAGAGACCCAGUUGACGGUUCCGUUUGAACUCUUCGAGACCAACCCUCAUUUUUUCCUCCUGCUGACAGAGCGAGGUGGGCACUGUGGGUUCUCCACUGACUCAGAGCGCCAUUUUGCCACCGGCGCGAGCGGUCCUGCGCCCGCAGCGAGUGGCGGGCGGCCGCACCGCCAGGUCAGGUGGAGCCACAGAGCCGUGCUGGAGUUCUUCAGGGCCACCACAGACUUCUUCGCGGCGGAGGAGCGAGCUAAGCAGCUGGCUCUGAGGAGGAGAGGGCUGGGCGGGGGAGGCGGGGGGAGAGCUUUCAGACACCGCAGUGUCAGUACGUGCAAACGGCUGCCAGUGUGUUCCCACAACAUUCAUGCUAUCUACAGCUGGCAGAGGUCCUACACCAGAUGAGGGGCCUUCUCUUACACUGUGCGAGUGAAGAGUCAAAUGCUGAGUGGGGAGAAAAACAAAAGCCGAGAAAGUAGGUCAGAGAGUCAUUACAGAGCCGCACUUCUGAGAGACGUCGUCCUCUGCUCCAGGCUUCGGCAGCUCUUUUUGCAUGGGCUGUCUGACAUUACAGAAAUGGUUGUACAUGCUGUCGGUGCGACACAGAAAUACGUGUUUUGUCAGGCCACGUUUUUAUGCUGUGCAGUCAUGAGCCAUGUCUGCAGGACACUUGCUGUAUGAAGUGCAUUUAAAAUUCAUGAAGUUGUGUUAAAGAAGAUCAGCGCAGAAUGAUGAUUAAAUUUUCAUAUCAUGAUGUUUGGAAUAUGAGACACAUUAUUCAUGUCAUAAAUUGUCAUAUUCAUUUUUUAUGUAAAAUCAUAAUUAGGAUUUACACCAAGAAAAAUAAACUAAAUGGAAAUAUUUUGUUCAGUCUGAAAUGAAAAAACAGAUUAUAUAUAUAUAUAUAUAUAUAUAUAUAUAUAUAUAUAUAUAUAUAUAUAUAAAUAAAAGUGUUGGCUAAAAAUGUUCUCCUGUAAAAACUUUCACAUUCAUGUGCCCCACAUUUGUGCCGCAACAGUGGUAUUUUACAUUUUUUAUGUGUUGAAUGUUUUCUUUGUGUGUCUUUAGUGAACUGGAUCAAACUUGCAUGGACAUCAACAGAAGGUGCUUGGUGACACUGGAUGGGUGGUUGAAGUAGUGCAUGACCCAACAAAGCAUCAAUCGUUCCUUGUUUAUGUUGUGUGCUUAGUUAAUGAAACACGAGCGGUUCGCUCCUGAUGUGUCAUUUCCACGUCAGUAUGGUUCCUCGUGCACGCCGAGCUGUGCUCCCACUGUGUUUUCUGUGUGCCCUCAGAGCGUGAUCUCACCUGACAGCCGGAGCAGACCAUUGUCCACAUAAAUGUUCACCUUCGUGAGCAAACACUGGCGUAGAUGAUGUAAACUGAGGUGACAUUUGUGCCGCACCGCUGGUUGAUAAUUUUAGAAAAAUGGGUCGGCAGUGUCGCACCACUUGACGUCCUUACUUCCUGUCUUACGAUUUCUGAAUAA